CAUGAUGCCGCCGGUCUGCGACUACGGGUUUACCGCGGCGGAUGAACCACCGACCAGGUGCCUGGGAUUCCUUUCCCCAGUGCUAACGGAAGCUGUUGUCUCAGGUUGAUGGAGGAGACUGUAAGCUGGUCGACGUCAUCGUCCUCAUCAUCGUCAUCGUCCCCUCGAUCUGGUCGACGGAUGCAAUUGCAUGCCAGUUCGUGUGGCACGAAUGCCCAUCCCUCCUCCUUCUCAUCCUCCUCCACACCCUCGAGGCCGGAUGUUUUUCCCCUCCUUUCCCGUUCGUUAGCUGCCACGCCAGUUGACCGGGGAGAUCUUCCCAAAAAGCGGAGAAGCAGUGUCCAUCUCUCAUGGCAAAUCAAGGUCUUGCAAUCACCUUAUGCGAACAUUGCCUUUUCCGGCCUCGCUUUUGCUUUCUUUCUUUAUCACUGUUACCCCUCGUCUUGUCAAUCCAUUGCCCGUCCCUUGCUGAUUUGUUGUUUCGUCCAUUCCUCCCCCCAAUUCCAUUCUCCCCCUCCCUCUUCCCCUCGCCGUUGGCCAAUUUCCCCCGGCCGGGUGCUAGAGUAGACACUUCAAUCUUUUCGCCCAUUUGACCACAUGCAAGUCACGCCAUUAGCCCGUCUACAGCUUUUGGGUCUUAAGGAUCGGCGACUUACAGCAUGGUGCAAGCCCUGGCGUCACUCCCGCAUUGCCAGUGAUGCGACC